GAAGCUACCAAGAAGAAGAAGAGAAAGAAGAGCGUUUUCUAAAUGGAAGAAGAGAACCUUCUCAAUGAGAACCUUCUCCAUCCCAACGAGUCCUCACCGGAAGAAACUCAAGUCACCACCGUAUCAAAAUCGAAAUGGACCAUUCUUGUACUAGCCAUGAUCCUCCUCUUGGUCUACUUAACCUUCGGGGUUUGCACAUACUCAUUCUUUCGAGACCAAUUCUCCGGAACCGAGACCAAUCUUUUCGUCGACGCUUUCUAUUUCUCCAUCGUCACAUUCUCUACAGUCGGUUACGGGGACAUUGUCCCGUCAACUUCAACGACCAAGAUCUUGACCAUCGUCUUGGUAUCAACCGGCGUCGUAUUUCUUGAUUAUCUACUCAACCGCGUCGUGAGUCACGUUCUAAGUCUUCAAGAAAACGCGAUUCUUGAUCGAAUCAACAAGACAAGAAACAGAGCGAUUAGAGAUCACAUUGCCGAAGAUGGCAAGAUAAGGUUAAAGUGGAAACUUUGUUUAGCGUUUUGCGCCGUUGGUCUCUGCGUCGGAAGUGGAGCUUUGUUUCUUCACGUUUUCGAGAGAUUGGAUUGGUUGGAUUCGGUUUACUUGUCGGUUAUCUCCGUUACGACGGUUGGUUACGGAGAUAAAACGUUUAAGACGGUUGAAGGGAGAGGCUUCGCAGUGUUUUGGCUUCUUCUUUCAACUAUUGCAAUGGCUACUCUGUUUCUUUACUUGGCUGAGAUGAGAAUCGAUCGUACUACUGUCAUGAAAUUGCCCCCGAGUGAAUCAGAGUUUAUUGUGUUCAAGCUUAGAGAAAGUGGGAGGAUUAGUGAGGAUGAUAUAAAGCAGAUCGUAAGAGAGUUCGAGAAUCUUGAAGAAGUGCCAUCAAGCGGAUCAUGACAAUUUGCCAAAGAUCACAUUGCCCUAACUCUUGUCUGGUACUAGAUAUGAAAUUGCAGAGAUGCACAUGGUUAGUUUUUCUUUUUGAAUUUUAGUAUAAAAUGUAUAGAAGAAUCACAAAAAUGAUGAUGACGAUGCUACUCUGUUUUGACCUUGGGACUUGAAAAGGAAGAAAAUACUCUGUUACUG